AUGUUUUGUGGUCGAUGGCAUGAAUCUCAUCUAUCCAUCGCUAAUGUCAAGUGCAACAUGUUCCUCAACAAAGCCGAAGUCUGUUACGAUCCAACAGCAUUAACAACAGACGACAUCAUCGACAUUAUCAAAGCCGCUGGUUUCUCCGCACAGUUUCAGCACUCAGCAUCUGGCAACCAGGCUUCUUUCAUCAUCACACGUCAAACCAUCGACUUCAACCCAGAAAAGGAUCGGAGCAUUAUCAACAGUACCCUCGAUGCAAAUGGUAUUGUAACUGUCGACGCAGUUGCCAACUUCACCGGAUUUUCUCUGGAUGUGACAUUCGAUCCUGAUGUCACUGGGACCCGUGAUAUCGCCCGCGCACUACGAUCCCAAGGCUUCUCUGUCGAAUUGGCCCAAAACGACAAUGGGACUUCUGAAGUCGUUCCAGACCUGCCUAUCCGCAACCUCGCGCUCUUCGUCCUUGCCACUCCGAUUCAACUCUAUGCUGGUGCACCCAUUUACCGUGGCGCUUGGAAAGGCCUCGUUUUGUCUCGUGAGCUCAACAUGGAUUCUCUCGUCAUACUCAGCACAUCCUGUGCUUAUUUUUAUUCAACGAUUGCGACUGUUGUGGCUAUAUCGUCGUCACGCUAUCAGGCUCCCGAGAUUUUUUUCGAGACCAGCGCGAUUCUCAUGACCCUCAUCAUUCUUGGCCGGUACUUGCAAGCGAUGGCAAGAGGUCGAGCAGCCGAUGCCCUCAACAAGCUCAAGAACCUUCAGUGUCCGACCGCCAAUCUUGUCAUUCUGGACAGCAACAGUGACCAAAUCGUCGAGAAGAUUGAGAGUGGCUACCUCCAGCGCCGGGACAUUAUCAAGAUCCUACCCUCGGACAAGAUCCCCGCUGAUGGAGUGAUAGUACAUGGAGCUGCGGAUGUGGAUGAGUCCAACAUGACGGGAGAAUCGGUACCUGUAGGCAAAGGAGUGUCAGAUGAAGUUAUGGGCGGCAGCAUCAACAUCAACGGCACAUUGGUGGUACGCGUCACUCGUGUGCAGAGCGAGGGCAAACUCAACGAUAUCACAAAGCUCGUGGAACAAGCCCAAGGAUCCAAAUCGCCCAGCCAAGCCUUUGCCGACAAGAUCGCCACCUGGUUCACUCCGUCUGUGAUCGUGCUUGGCAUCAUCACAUAUCUAGUAUGGCUUACUCUUGGCCUUCUGGGUAAAGUGGACACCAGCGAGUAUCCAUCCGGAGUACUAGCGCUGACGUACUCUGUUGCUGUACUCGUCGUAUCAUGCCCAUGUGCCAUUGCCCUGGCUGUUCCUACGGUUAUCGUCGUCGGCACCGGAGUAGGAGCAAGAAAUGGCGUCCUUGUCAAAGACGGCGGUGUAUUUGAGGAGGCAGCUGCAGUUACCCACGUUGUAUUCGACAAGACAGGGACGCUGACUCAAGCCGUAUUCCAAGUCGUUGACUGCCUCGAGUUACAAAACGGUCAUCACCAGCAUGCGUACGACUUUGCCGUCACUGCCGCGUCCAACAGCGAACAUCCACUCUCCCUUGCCGUUGCAGAUUAUUGCCGGGGAAAAAGAUCGCAGUCGCUUAGUCUUGAGGAAUCAACUGCAUACCCCGGCUUCGGCAUAUUGUGCAGGAUUGGAGGCGUAGAGGUGCGUGUUGGUAAGGUGGCCUGGGUCUUGGACGAGAAUAUCGAGCUGCCAGCUGAAGCCAAGGGAUUCCUGGCUCGGUCCCAUCAACUUGGACGGUCAAUCGUCGCUGUCUCCUCGGACCUGGCGCCUACGUUGCUUUUCGCGCUUGCGGACGGACCUCGGCCUGAAGCUGCUGCUGUAGUGAACCACAUCAAGAUGAUGGGAUUGCAGGUUCACAUUAUCUCAGGUGACCAUCAAGCUGCUGUCGAUCAUAUUGCGCGGCAGCUCGGUAUCGAACCAGCCUAUGCCUUCGGAGAUUGCACACCUUCUGACAAGCUCGCACGACUUGUGCAAUUGCAACGCGCCGGAUAUCGCGUGGCAUUCUGUGGCGAUGGUACCAAUGACGCUCCUGUACUCGCGCAGGCUCAAGUUGGUAUCUAG